CGAGUGGUCUUCUCUCCCAGGUCGUGGUGGUGGUGGUGUAAGUGCCCUUCUGCUGGGUCGCUACUCCAGCGGUCAAGGUGGCAUACACGGUUCUCCUUCUCCUCAUUUAAUCCCCACAACAACCCUGUGAGGAAGGUUAGGCUGAGAGGCAACAGGUGACCCAAGGUCACUAAGUGAGGACCAGAAAAGAACAGAAUGGUUUCAGAGAAAGAGGUGGAUCCCACAAAACAAAAUACCUUAACUAUCAAAGGGCUCAAUAGCCUCACACCUUUGAGCAGUCUGCGCCUUGAGACAGAAAUUGGCAUCAAAGGGAUCCUGUUUAAGCCUUCCUUUGGGGACAAAGUGAAGAUGGAGGAGGAGGAUUCAGCUGCCUGCAAAGCAGAAAGGGGCAAAGAGGUGAACAAAGCUGGGAGCAGUGGAGGAUUCUGUGAGAAAGUGGUGCAGAAGACCCUUUGCGUAGACACAGCCAGCUCAGAUGUACUGUGCCAAAGCUUCAUAUGUUACUGCUACCAGAAGUCCAAGAAGCCCAGAAAGGUCCCAGUGACCUUUGAGGAGGUGGCUGUGCAUUUCACAGAGGAGGAGUGGGUGCUCCUGGAUCCAGGCCAGAAGGCUCUACACAGCGAAGUCAUGGAGGAGACCUGUAGGAAUCUGGUCUCUGUAGGACUUCCAGGUCACAGUUCUGACCUCAUCUUCUGGCAGGUGAAAGGGGAAGAUCCAUGUGUUGAGGGUUCUGAGGAAGGCCAGAGACCAGCAGUCUCCCAGUGCAAAAAGAAUUUCAGUGAUAGCAGAAGCCUUAAAGAACAUCUAAGAAUUCACAGAGACUGGAAACCAAAUAAAUGCUCAAAUUGUGAACAUAUUUUCAGGUAUUGCACAACCUUUAAAACACACCAAAGAACCCUCACAGGAGAGAAGCCCUAUAAAUGCUCUGAGUGUGGGAAGAGUUUCAGUGACAGAAAAACGCAUAAACUGCACCAGAGAGUCCACACAGGAGAGAAGCCUUAUAUAUGCUCAGACUGUGGAAAGAGUUUGUUUAGUAGCGGAAACCUUAAACGACAUCAAAGAAUCCACACAGGAGAGAAGCCCUAUAAAUGUUCAGACUGUGGAAAGAGUUUCAUUACCAGCGGAAUCCUUAAACAGCAUCAAAGAACACACACAGGAGAGAAGCCCUAUAAAUGCUCAGACUGUGGAAAGAGUUUCAGUGAUAGAAAAACUCAUGAAGUGCAUCAAAGAAUCCACACAGGAGAGAAGCCCUAUAUAUGCUCAGACUGUGGAAAGAGUUUGUUUAGUAGCGGAAACCUUAAACGGCAUCAAAGAACACACACAGGUGAGAAGCCCUAUAUAUGCUCAGAUUGUGGAAAGAAUUUCAGUGAUAGAAAAACUCAUGAAGUGCAUCAAAGAAUCCACACAGGAGAGAAGCCCUAUAUAUGCUCAGAUUGUGGAAAGGGUUUCAUUAGUAGCGGAAUCCUUAAACGGCAUCAAAGAACACACACAGGAGAGAAGCCCUAUAAAUGUUCAGACUGUGGAAAGAGUUUGUUUAGUAGCGGAAACCUUAAACGGCAUCAAAGAAUCCACACAGGAGAGAAGCCCUAUAUAUGCUCAGAUUGUGGAAAGAGUUUCAUUACCAGCGGAAUCCUUAAACAGCAUCAAAGAACACACACAGGAGAGAAGCCCUAUAAAUGUUCAGACUGUGGAAAGAGUUUCAGUGAUAGAAAAACUCAUGAAGUGCAUCAAAGAAUCCACACAGGAGAGAAGCCUUAUAUAUGCUCAGACUGUGGAAAGAGUUUGUUUAGUAGCAGAAACCUUAAACGGCAUCAAAGAACACACACAGGUGAGAAGCCCUAUAAAUGCUCUGAGUGUGGAAAGAGUUUCAGUGAUAGAAAAACUCAUGAAGUGCAUCAAAGAAUCCACACAGGAGAGAAGCCCUAUAUAUGCUCAGAUUGUGGAAAGUGUUUCAUUGCCAGCAGAAUCCUUAAACAGCAUCAAAGGAUCCACACGGGAGAGAAACCCUAUAAAUGCACUGAGUGUGGGAAGAGUUUCAGUGAUAGAAAAACGUGUAAACUGCAUCAAAGAAUCCACACAGGAGAGAAGCCUUAUAUAUGCUCAGACUGUGGAAAGAGUUUCAUUAGUAGUGGAAUCCUUAAACGACAUCAAAGAAUCCACACAGGAGAGAAGCCCUAUAAAUGUUCAGACUGUGGAAAGAGUUUCAUUACUAGCGGAAUCCUUAAACGGCAUCAAAGAACUCACACAGGAGAGAAGCCCUAUAAAUGCUCUGAGUGUGGAAAGUCCUUCAGUCGGAGCACACACUACAAAAGACAUCAAAGAAUCCACACAGGUGAGAAGCCCUAUAAAUGCUCUGAGUGUGGAAAGUGUUUUAAUCAGAGUGCAAGCCUUAAAUCACAUGAAAGAAUCCACACAGGUGAGAAGCCCUAUAAAUGUUCUGAAUGUGGAAAAUGUUUUACUCAGAGCACAAGCCUUAGAUCACAUAGAAGACUCCACACAGGUGAGAAGCUGUAUAAAUGCUCUGAGUGUGGGAAGUGUUUUAAUCAGAGUGCAAGCCUUAAAUCACAUGAAAGAAUCCACACAGGUGAGAAGCCCUAUAAAUGUUCUAAAUGUGGAAAAAGUUUUACUCAGAGCGCAAGCCUUAGAUCACAUGGAAGAAUUCACACAGGUGAAAAGCUGUAUAAAUGCUCUGAGAUGGAAAGUGUUUUAAUCAGAGUACAAGCCUUAAAUCACAUGAAGAGUCCACAUGGAUGAGAAGCCCUAUGAAUGUUCUAAGUGGAAAAUGUUUUAGAGUACAAGCCUUGGAUCACAUGGAAGAAUUCACACAGAUGAGAAGCCCUGUAAAUGUUCUGAGUGUGGCAAGAGUUUUAGUCAUCACAUAACUCUUAAAUCACAUCAAGGGACACACAAGAGAAGUUCUAUAAAUGCACUGAUUGUGGAAAGAGCGUCUGUCGCAGCAGUUACCUUACCUAGCAUAAAAGAAUCCACACAGGCGAGAAACCAUAUAAAUGCUUAGAGUGUGGAAUGAGUUUUUAUCAGAGCAAAUGCCAUAAGUCACAUCAAACUGCACACAGAAGAAUCCUGUAAACCUCAAUGAUGAUUGAAAUAUAGGAAAGCCUUCAGGUGAAGCCCACAUCUUUUUUUAAAAAAAAAUAAACUCAGGAGGAAGUAUAUAGAUAAAGUUUAUUCCAGGGAUAGCCAAUGUGAUGUCCAGCAGAUGUUGUUGGACACCAGCUUCCAUCAGCCCCAGUCAAUAUGAUCAAUGGUCAAGUAUGGUGGGAGUUGUAGUUCAAUAGCAUCUGGAGGGCACCAAGUUGGCUACUCCUAGUUUAUUCCAACAAUCAAACUUUAACAACCAACCAAUAAUUCACACAAGGGACCAAGUGUAAAAAUGAUCAAAAUGUCACAUCAAAGAAUUCAUGCUGUGAGGAAUCCUGUCAAUCAUAGUAAUGAUGGCAGUGGGGAAAGAUCUUCAGCUGGAGCACACCCCUUUAAGUUAAAAGAUCCAAGAUCAGGAGGAAGUAUGUAAACACAACCAGUCAAACCAUAUUCGCCUUCUCCAUACUGUGCAUAAUGGUUUACACCUUGAUCAUCUCCUUCCCUUAGCUGCCUUUUUGUAUUAGUUGGACUCUAACUCCCAUCAUCCCUAUCGGUGGGCUGGGGCUAAUGGAAGAUGGUGUCACAUCUGGAAGUCAGAGCUUCUCCAUUCCUGGCUUUAGAACAUUGUCCCUUCAAAAUUGGCCUACAGUCCUCACAAGAAAACAUCUUGCAGCGUGGACUGAUUGCAACCUAAACUGCUCUUUAGGCUACAAUCCUGUACCCAUUUACCCAGGAGUAAGCCCUAUUAAAACCAAUGGGAUUUAAAUAGACUUGUAUAGAAUUGCAGUUUUAUAAUAAGUCAAAUAAAAUAGCAAGUCAGAUCUGAGUUGAUCCACAGCUGCGGAAAAUGUUCUGCAAUCCUUUAGGCUGCAAUCCUGUACUCACUUUGUCAACGGUAAGUGCCACUGAAAUAACAGGAAAUAGUUUUGAAUAGAAAUGUACAGGAUUGUGCUUUUAUUGAUCCUCCACCCCAAAAUCAUUCACUUUGGGCUUUUGAAAUAUUUAUGUAUCACAUUAAAUUGGCAUUUUUUUUUUAAGUUGAUUAAAUUUUAAGUCAUAUCAACGAUAGUCACAUAUUCGUUGAUUUUUAGCAGGGGAAAAUGUUCCAGUUCAUAACAUGCAGGAGAUCCCACAUCACUGGUGUUCAUGUACUAUAGUGGUUGCUAAGUGUGCACUGUGUAUAUAGAGCCAAUGAGGAUCAUAAAAGAAGCCCUUUUUUGUGUAAUUGGGAGCACAAUCCAUCCCACAUGGGCACAGCCCCACGUGUGGGGAAGGGAUUGACUUCGAGCUUCCUUCUUGUGCCAGCAAUUCCUUUCAACAGGUGGGUGUCAGGGGAGGGAUCCAUAAAACGAGCGCUGUUGGAUCAGACCAAAGGCCCAUCUAGUCCACCCUCCUGUUUCCCACAGGGGCCAACCAGAUGCCUAUAGGAAGCCCACAAGCAGGACAUGAGUACAAUUGCACUCCCCCUCAUGUUCCCCAGCAACCAGUAUUUAGAUAUACACUGUCUCUGGUCCUGGAGCAGUAGCCUUACCCUCCUUGAAUUUUUCUACAAUUGUAGGGCAGUGACCUGAAAACGGGCAUGUUCUGCUGUAGCUCCUGUACUGUGGGGCGCCCUUCCCUCUGCCAUAUUGAAGCAGCAACCAUCGGCUGUGUCAGAUGUCUUAUGAAGACUUAUCUUUUUGCCCAGACUUUCCCUUACCCUGUUUUAUGUGUUAGAAUAAAUGUUACAUGUUUUUCUAUUGCUGUUUUACUGGUUUUAGAUUGUGUUUUAAUUAUACUUUGUUUUUUAGACUCAACACUGCUCAGAGAUUUUUGAAAUGUGAAGCCAUUUAUACGUGCUUAU